AGUACAGGCAUAGAAAAGCCCCACUCCAGCCAACUCAUCCCCACAUCCUCUCUAAAUUGUGAACUCUCCCAAACAGUCCAAACUUUACUCUCUCCAAGUCCAGCCUAGCUUGAAUCUUCAGGAAAGAAAAAGCUGAUUCACAUAUAGCUUUCAUAUAUAGAAACCAACCUCUUCUUACGAGUCCCAAAAGAAUAGAAACUCUAAUAUCAAUAGUGCUUAUUGUAACUAAAUUCUUGUACAUCAAGCUCACACUUUCUCGAUCAAAUGGGCUCUCUUUUUUCUCUUGCAGUAUUGAUAAUUCUUUCAUUAGCAUCAACUGGAUCAACAGAAAGUGAAGGCCAAAGCAUCAAAUCAGCUCGUCUUCUCGAUCUUAUCAUUCGAGACUUGACAUUCCGGUCAUACAACAAGUACUUCAGGACAGGAUUGCUGCACACUGUAAAUUUACCGGUGAACCUUUCCGGCAUAGGAGUCAAUACAGUGAGGUUUCGGUGUGGGAGUCUCAGCAGAUACGGUGCUCGGAUUAAGGAAUUCCAUUUGGGGAUUGGUGUUACUGUCAAGCCUUGUGUGGAAAGAGUUAUGGUUGUAAGACAAAACCUUGGAUAUAACUGGUCAUCUAUAUAUUAUGACAAUUAUGAAUUGUCUGGUUAUCAACUUGUUUCACCUGUAUUAGGCCUCCUAGCAUACAAUGCAGGUGAUAACAUAGAUUUCAUCAGCAACCCAUUUGAAGUAGGAAUUCAAGCUGGGAAAAAUCCCAUUACUAUAGAUUUUAGCAACACCCCAAGGAGCAACAACACAAUGGGGCUUAUACCAUUAUGUGCUAGGUUUGAGCGCGAUGGUAAGGUGACACUAGCUAACCAAGUGAUGCCCAAUGUUUGUGCUGCAACAGGGCAUGGACAUUUUGGGUUGGUGAUUGAAUCACCAUUGAUGCCAAUGAAGAAGAAGGCGAGCCGGUGGAGAAUAGCCGUUGGAAGCUCCAUUGGAGCUGCAUUGGGUGCUUUUCUCUUGGGCUUGCUUUUGAUUGCUUUGUUUGUGAAGGUGAAGAAGAAAGCAAGGAUGGAGGAGAUGGAGAGGAGGGCUUAUGAAGAAGAAGCUCUGCAGGUGUCAAUGGUAGGGCAUGUGAGGGCUCCUACGGCUACUGGUACUCGGACAUUACCCGCGAUUGAGCACGAGUACAGACCUCCUCCUCCUUGAUCAAUUCUUGAUUUUUGUUCAUGUGUUAUUCUUUUUGUAAGAUUAGCUGAAAAUACAAAAUUCCUGCUUUUUUAAUAGAAUGACAUUGAAGAGGAUUUAGACACGCUGAAAAUUGUUUUAUUAG